GUGCAAUUACUAGCAAUAUGUGUACGGGACCUAGUUUGGUGCAAAACCAAAGGUGAGGAAGUGUUUAGAACGAAAAGUACUCGAAGCCUACCGUUUCCGCUUUGUGUAGCAGGUCUGGCGGUAUCCUCACAAUGGUUUUACUAUGGGGUGCUGGUCGACGACAUUUUCAUCAAGAUACCGAAUGCAAUUGGAAUAAUUUUGUCACUUCUGCAGCUAUCGCUCUUUGUUAUUUUUCGGGAACGUAUCCACGCAACAUGA